AUGGCCGCCUCGAUACCCCGAUCGCGCUGCCUCUUCGCUGUGCCGGCGCGACAGGCUCUCCCCCGUUCACGAACAGCUUCACAAUGCGCCCGAACUUUUGCCACAACCUCUGACAACCCACCAGCAGCACCUACUGCUUCAAAGCCGCCGAGAGCGAGGACGGCGUUCAGCGACACACUCAACGCUGGCCCCUCGUUUGGUGACUUCGUCAGCCCCAACGCGCCGCUCUCCCCCGCCGAGGCCUACGAAAUCAAGACCGCUACGGUUGGCCCAGAAGGCCGCAAGAAGACCAUUACGCGACUGCCAGAGUGGCUCAAGACACCCAUUCCCGUAAACCAGAACUACAAGAAAAUCAAAAAGGACCUGCGAGGCCUCAAUCUGCACACUGUCUGCGAGGAGGCCAAAUGCCCCAACAUUUCAGACUGCUGGGGAGGAAGCGACAAGAGUGCAGCGACGGCGACCAUCAUGCUGAUGGGUGAUACAUGCACGCGUGGCUGUCGUUUCUGCUCGGUCAAGACAGCAAAAGCGCCCCCACCACUGGACCCUCACGAGCCUGAGAACACGGCUGAAGCACUGCGAAGAUGGGGACUGGGCUACGUCGUCCUAACGUCUGUAGAUCGCGACGAUCUUGCAGAUGGAGGAGCGCGACACUUUGCGGAGACCAUCAUGAAGAUCAAGCAGAAGGCCCCAACGAUGCUCGUCGAAGCUUUGACGGGAGACUAUGCUGGAGACACGGAGAUGGUCAAGACGGUCGCUUUGAGCGGACUCGACGUCUACGCACACAACGUCGAGACAACAGAGGCGCUCACACCCUUUGUCCGUGAUAGGAGGGCCAAGUUCAGGCAGUCUCUUGAUGUUUUGCGCACUGCAAAGGAGGCACAGCCACAGCUCAUUACAAAGACAAGUAUCAUGUUGGGCUUGGGCGAGACCGAGGAGGACCUUUGGGAUGCACUGAGAGAACUUCGCAAAAACAACGUCGACGUCGUAACCUUUGGCCAAUACAUGCGACCAACGAAGCGCCACAUGGCUGUCCACGAGUAUGUUACCCCUGAUAAAUUCGAGCUGUGGCGCCAGCGAGCUCUUGACCUGGGCUUCUUGUACUGCGCCUCUGGUCCACUUGUACGAUCCAGCUACAAGGCAGGGGAAGCCUUCAUUGAGAACGUUUUGAAGAAGCGAAGACUGGGGCGUGCUGACAACAGCGAGAUUGCUGAAUCGCAAGCGGCAGAGAGCAAGACUUUAUAG